CUUGCAUCUGCCACACUCGAGUUGUCUCGUUUUCUCUCUCUCCCCAACGCCCAAAUAUACGUCCGUCCUAUUUCAGAUGCAGAAAGCGCUAGGAAGUGCAAGUAAAACAAACGGACCUAAAGGACGAAAGGGGUUCAUAUACGUUACGAUCACACAAGGGAGAACAACACGCUGUUUACGAGCACUGUCAACUGGGAUCAACUGGGAUUAAACGACAAGAAAAUUGACCGGAACGGAAUCAUUAUGAAUGAGGAUGCAGAUAAUUUUGCGUGGACUCACCAGCUCGAGUGUCCGUCGACAAUAUACAAUGAUUUGGUAAAGAAAAUAUUGUGCAAGGGAGUAUUGAAGUUGUUAUGGGAGGACAUUUCCAAUUCUGUGUUUCCUGCGGCCCAAGCCUGUAAAAUAAGAAAGAACAUUUUACUGUACAAACUGAAGCAUGGAUUGAACAACUCUGCAAUUUCAUCUAUGAGAGAGUUGAAUCAACUGAGAUCUAAAAGCAGCACAUUGAAACAACAGAUAUCUGCGCUGGAAGAAGAAUACGAAGAACAGGACUAUACUGUCAGGCAAAAAAUGCAACGAUUGAAGGAUAUAAAGAGUAAGUGUUCGGUAACCAGUACGAGGAAGGAUUUUCUCAAACUAAAACACGGCGAAACCAGCAAGCAACUGAAAGAUUGCGGCGACAUGAGACGAGUGUGCCAGCAUUUAAUGCCAAACACCUCUAUGGACAUAGAUCAACAGAAAUUAAGGGAGAAUCUACAUAUGAUAACAGAUCUGCGUCGUUCAGCCAUAGAUAAGAAACGGAUAUGGACAAAGGUAUCGAGCUCUCUCAGUGGUAUUGGCGUACACCCGCUGUGGACACACUUGUAUCAAACGUUGUCGCAAGAUUUAGACACGUUAAUGAAAUUGGAGACCAAAAGCGACUUGGGCAGCUCGAGUGUAGUGGGCGAAAAUAUAGAUAUUGGUAUCGCAAGAGCUUGCGGUCAAUACAUAUCCACUAUUUCGAAAGGCAUAUCGUCUAAUAUUAGAGCUAACAUGUACCAACAACGCUUAGUGGAAUUCAUUGAACUAAUAGAGUCGUUAGCCCACGAAGAUGUGAACACGUGGUUAGCUCUGAAAUUGGAAAUUGGAGAAAGUUAGAAACCGAACAGACGUGUCGGCAAAACGAAG